AUGACAGGUCUUCCAGGUGACAUCUUAGGUAUCAGGGGCAGAGACACCUGCAGUGAAGGGGUGUUAGCACUGUACAGUGGAGGAGUUAGAGUGGCCACAGACACUACUUCAACUAGAGAACCUAUUAUUACAGGAUCCACAGUACAGAAGCAGUUAGAGUGGUCUGAGACACUGCUACAACUAGAGAACCUAUUAUUACAGGAUCCACAGGUUCAGGAUGUGGCUUUUAAUACAUUCCCAGGGUCAGUAGGAAUAUUGCUAGCCAUCAGUGCUAAUGGACAGUCAAAGGUUGUAGUAUUGCUGUAUAACAUAUAUGAAGAUGUUUGGGAGAUUACACCUAUGUGGAUGGAUUUUAACAUUACAGAGUCUGGCCCGCUGAGUUUCAUGUUCCAGGAUGCUGGGAAGACGGCUUUCCUGCUCCGUGAUUUACACAGACUCUAUUACAGCUAUGAAGAAGGCACAGAGAAUGGUGUGAUGACCUUGCUGAACUGUAACACAAGUGAUCUGGUGGAGGAGGGAGAGUUCAUACAGGAAGUGACCAUUAGUCCCCUGAGAGAGAUCAUCAUCCACACCUCACGAAAUCAUUUGUUUCACAGUAAGAUGAAGAUGAAUCAAGUUCUGAAGCUGGAGUCAGGAGAACUGCCCAGCUCAGAUGUAGUGGUAAGGUUUGAUGCUCUAGAUAGGAUGUACCUGAUGGUGUUAGAGAACGGUACCCUGACCAGCAGAAUUUAUCCACUGAAGAAUGAGAUAAGCAAAUCAUAACUCCACUCUUGUCAAGUCCAGAGCAAACUCUGAUAUUCAGUACGGAAGAGGAGUUAUUGCUCAUAACAAGUCUGUUACCUUUUACCACCAUAUGGAUUUUUACAGGUCCCCAAAUUACACUACUGCUAAAAAACUUGCAACAGGUAUCUCUUGCUUUGAGCUGAUACCAUCAAAUAUCAACCUGAUAUGCCCAUCUCCUACCCAGAUUGUCUCCUACCUGUCUGUGGGAUGUCCAAAGGGAAGACACCUGGUUUUAAAACGGCCAGCUGCAAGUGAACCCUGUGAUACUGUUGAUACAUAUACUAUUGGAAAGGAACAUUUCCUGCAUUUGGAUGGGACAUCACCCACACAGGACAAGGUUGUCCAUUAUGACCUGGUCAGGUUGGGAUGUCCAGUUAGAGUGGACAGCAGUCACAACUUUCUGCCACAGUUAGAGCUGUAUGAUGGUGAGGAAUUUGUCCGUCCAGUGACUGGUAAUUUCAUACUAUGGGAGGAGCAAGGUAGAACUGACUACAGUUAUAAUGCUACCAUGAAACAGGCAGGGUGUCAUAAGGUGGCUCAGACUUGGUCACAGAUCAGAGAUGAGCAGGGCAUGCUCACUGACUGGGGACAGGGGUGGGGUCCUUGGAAUUAUAGGAGCUGUUUUGAAGAGACAAACACAGUAAUUGACAGCAGUUUGCUGCAGAGACCGUAUCAGAUUCUGAACUCCACAGGUGUGUCUUGGUUACAGUUCCCUAACACCCACGACAGUAUGUAUACCUUCCGGGCCAGAAUUGUAGACCCCAACUACAGUUUCUGUGACUUAGAAAUCUCCUUUGCGGUACAGACAUAUGGAGCACAACAUCCCGAGGACCUAACGGUUACCAUGAUAACAGUGGGAGGCAUCAUGGGAGCAGUCCUCUUGGGACUGCUUGGAUCGUACUUUGUGUACCGCAAGCAAACCAGCCAGGCCUUUGCUACCAGGAUGAUGUUGGUGAAGAUGCUGCACAAGGAAGAUCAUUCACAUCAGAGGGAGAGCCCAGUUCCUAAAAAAAGAACAUCAGUUUUAGGGGAUAUAUGGAGCUAG